AUGCCUCCUCAAACACCAACACCCCCCAACAAAUUUUAUUUCUACUAUGGUCACCGCAAACCCUCCCAAAACCGUCCUACCGUACGCGGCGGCCUUUUCUCCAAUCGCCAAACUCUCCCUCCUCCCAAACCUAAAACCAACAAACAUACUCACCUUUUCCAAAUCCAAAAAUGGGACCCACAUUUUCUCUCCCACUCAAACUCCCCAUCACCAUCCCCGGAGGCAUCAUUCUCCGCCUCCAUCCGCCUCUCCCCAAUCGCCAGAUUCAUCAUCGACGCCUUCCGCAAAAACGAUUACAAAUGGGGUCCACCCGUUGUAACUGAACUCAACAAACUCCGCAGGGUUACUCCCACCCUAGUCGCCGAGGUGCUUAAAUUCCAAACUAACCCUACCCUCGCUUUCAAGUUUUUUCACUGGGUGGGGAAACAGAAAGGUUAUCACCAUAAUUUCGCAUCCUUCAACGCCUUCGCUUAUUGCCUUAACCGUGCAAACCAUUUCCGCGCUGCGGAUAAUCUCCCUGAGCUGAUGGACGCUCAGGGAAAGCCUCCGUCGGAGAAGCAAUUUGAGAUCUUACUUCGAAUGCAUUCCGAUGCUGGGAGAGGUCUUAGGGUUUAUCAUGUUUAUGAUAAGAUGAGGAACAAGUUUGGUGUGAAACCUAGGGUGUUUUUGUAUAAUAGGAUUAUGGAUGCUUUGGUUAAGACGGGGCAUUUGGAUUUGGCCUUGUCGGUUUAUGGUGAUUUUAGGGAGGAUGGAUUGGUUGAAGAGAGUGUUACUUUUAUGAUUUUGAUUAAGGGAUUGUGUAAGGCUGGGAAAAUUGAUGAGAUGUUAGAGCUUUUGAGAAGGAUGAGGAAGAAAUUGUGUAAACCGGAUGUUUUUGCGUAUACUGCAUUGGUUCGGAUUAUGGUUCCGGAGGGUAAUUUAGAUGGUUGUUUGAGGGUUUGGGAGGAAAUGAAGAGAGAUAGAGUCGAGCCGGAUGUCAUGGCAUAUGGUACUAUCAUUGGGGGUUUGGCUAAAGGGGGAAGGGUUUUGGAAGGUUAUGAGUUGUUCAAGGAGAUGAAGAGUAAGGGUCAUUUGAUAGAUAGAGCAAUAUAUGGAUCGUUGGUGGAGUCAUUUGUGGCGGGGAAUAAGGUUGGUUUGGCCUUUGAUUUGUUGAAGGAUUUAGUGAGCUCGGGAUACCGGGCUGAUUUGGGGAUUUAUAAUAGCCUUAUUGAAGGUUUGUGCAAUAUGAAUAAGGUUGAGAAGGCCUAUAAGCUUUUCCAAGUUACUAUUCAGGAGGAUCUUGAGCCAGACUUCUUGACUGUCAAACCGUUAUUGUUUUCUUACGCCGAAAAGAAACGAAUGGAAGAAUUUCAUAAGUUGCUCGAGAAGAUGGAGAAAUUGGGAUUUUCGGUUAUUGAUAAUCUCUCCAAAUUCUUCUCCCAUUUGGUUGAAAAGAAAGGACCGGUAUUGGCACUAGAGGUAUUUACACACUUGAAAGAAAGAGGUUAUGUUAGUGUUGAAAUAUACAGGGUUGUUAUGGAUUCUCUUCACUUGAGUGGUGAAGUGGAGAAAGCAUUAUCACUCUUUGAUGAAAUAAAGGGCUCAGACUUGAAGCCGGACUCAUCUAUAUAUAACAUAGCAAUUCUUUGCUUUGUUGAUCGCAGUGAAAUUAAGGAGGCAUGUGCAUGUCAUAAUAAGAUCAUUGAGAUGUCUUGCAUUCCUUCUGUGGCUGCUUAUUGUUGCCUUGCUAAAGGACUUUGUGAAAUUGGAGAGAUUGAUGAAGCUAUGCUGCUUGUUAGAGAUUGCCUAGGCAAUGUUGAUAGUGGACGUAUGGAAUUUAAGUAUUGUCUUGCCAUUAUUCACAUUUGUAAGUCAAAUGAUGCGGAAAAGGUGAUCGAUGUAUUGAAUGAGAUGAUGCAACAAGGUUGCUCUUUAGACAAUGUUGUAUGUUCUGCAAUUAUAUUUGGCAUGUGUAAGUAUGGAACAAUUGAGGAGGCCAGAAAGGUUUUCUCGAAUCUGAGGGAGCGCAAAUUGUUGAUGGAAUCUGACACAAUUGUGUAUGACGAAUUACUAAUUGAUCACAUGAAGAAAAAGACAGCAGAUUUGGUAAUAUCAGGGUUGAAGUUCUUUGGUCUAGAAUCUAAACUAAAGUCAAAGGGUUGUAAGCUGUUGCCAGAUUGA